ACAUGGGCGGCGGUUUACCGGGUGACCGCGGCGCUGCCCGAGGCCGGAGACGGAGGGCGGCUGUCUGCGAGCCAGGAUCCCUCAGGCCUCUCCUGCGGACAUGGGGCCGCUACCUUCCCGGCCUCCGCAGCACUUGCCCUGCGCCCAUCUCUGCCCGCCUCCAACUCGAGUCUGACAGAGCGGGUCAACCAUGAGCGCCAACCCCCAGUGGGACAUCAGCAGAGCGCUGGGGGUGGCCAGGCUCUUCCAUCUGGUGUGUGGGGUCCGGGAUGCCUGCGUGACCCCGUUCCUGACGCUCUACCUGAGGCAGCUGGGCUUGACCGCGCCCUGGGUGGGCAUCCUAAUGGGAAGCAAGCUUCUGGUCGCAGCCUGCUGGGGUCCGUUCUGUGCCUUCCUGGCCAAAAGCUGCCAGAAAAGGAGAGUAUUUCUGGUAGGCUCCCUGCUUGGGUCGGCGGUAGCCAGCCUCUUGAUGGUCCUGGUCCCACCGCUGAACAGAAAUGUGCUGUACCAUGCUUGCAAUGGAAGCAGUGGCAUGACCACCACAGUCCUGCCACCGGGAGUCACAUUCACUGUGACCAUCACCUCUGCCCAAGAGUCUGCCUCAACCCAACCUGCAGGACCACCCAGCCUCCCAGCCAAGAGGAGGCCUGAAGGCUUGGAGGCCUCUGGCUUCACAGAUGGACCUGGAGAAAGUGAACAAGAACCUCUCAAGGAGCUGCACUUAGUGGGCUCCUUUGAAGGAGCUAAGGCCACAUCCCAAGUUCUCCAUCCUGUCACUUCAAGAGUGAAAGAUAAUACCUGGGAAGGUGCUUCUGAGGUGGUCGAUACUGCUGUCCUUCCUAGCGAUGCAGUGCUGGGUGGUCCAGCCAAUGCGUCAGAGGCCAAGAGGGAAGUUGGGUCCCUGGACCUCUCCUCAGAAGGGUUGCAGUGGACUUUCCUCCUCUCCUUGGUCUUCCUGGUGUUCUGGGAGCUGCUCACAGCCCCUCAGGAGCAGGUGGCCAAUGACAGCCUUUAUGAAUACCUGGAUUUUGUUGAUGCCACUGACCGAUACAGAAGCCUGGGGCUCUGGAGAUUACUGGGCAUGUCGGCAGGUGUAUGUAGCAUUGCAGCCUUGGUGGGGCGGCUGGACUGCUUUCUGAUGACACAUGGCACUUGGGGUGUGGUGUGCUUCUAUAGCUACUCAUUGGUCAGCACCGUGUCCUUACUGGUGAGCCUUGCCUUUCCUAUCCCUACCUACCAGCAGCAGGAGCCUGGCUACAAAACCAUCAAAGCACUGUCUCUCCUAGGGGGCAACCCCCACCUCCUCCUCCUAGCCUUCACUGUCUUUUUGGUAGGCACUGUCACCAGCACAGUGCAGAACUUUCUCUUUUGGCACAUGGAGGACCAUGGCAGCAGCAAGCUGGUCAUGGGCUUCUCAGUGGCCCUCAGCUUGCUGGGGGAAAUUCUGUUCCACCCAUUUAAAGCUGUGUUGCUUCGGAAACUGUCCAGGGUGGGAGCGGUAGGGCUUGGGAUGGGAUGCCUCGCCGGGCAGCUGCUCUACUACUCUUUCCUCUGGAGCUGGUGGUCGGUCUUGCCUGUUCAGAUCCUGAGUGCCAUCAGCAAUGGGGUUUUGUGGUGGGCCAUGGAGGCCUCCAUGGAGGACCUGGCCACCCCUGUCACAGAGAGGCCUCUGAGUACCAUGUUCCGAGGCCACUUCUACAGGGGCGGUUGCAGCCUGGGCAGUUUUGUGGGGGGGAUUGUGGUGAUGCGCUUCAGCCUGGCCGUGCUGUACCGUGCCUGCUGUGUGGUCCUAUCACUCUGGCUGGCCAUGUUUCUGUUCAUCCAGCCCAGGCUGCCCCAAGAGCGGAAAAUCAACUACUCCAAGCUGCUGGCUGUGGAGGGGAGUGACACCAGCGACUCUGAGCCAGGGUCAGAAAGGGACUGGCUUGUGAAGGCCAUGAGGGAGGAACCCUGAGACUAGAGGGGCUGAGAGAAGGUCGUAGUGCACUGACCCAGGAAGGAACUAAUGAGCUGGACAAAAUUCAGUCUUCUGAGGACAGAAUCCCUGGGUUGCAAGGACCUUGGGGAGAGAAGGCACUUCUAUGCUGAAGGCAUGAUUUUCUUUACCUUUCUAGUAAAAGGUGAUUUGACUUUUUUGGCCAUUAAAUCUUUUUAAAAUAAUGGAGGAAGAACGCAUUUCCUUUUUAAAAAAUACCUUUGUAUCAUUCUAUUUUGACACCGGUUUGUAUUGGAUCCAGCAAGGGCUGGUUUCUGGAAGGUGACGAGGACUCACAGGAUGCAGUGGACAGAGAGGGCAGCUGUCUCAGAUGAGCUGUGAUCAUUUUCAUGGGUCGCAGAGGCAUUAGCCUAACCCUAUGAAAGCCAUGCUGGGCAGGUAAGAAUAGCAGUGGACAUCUUAGCUCCUCUCCCUCCCCACAGAUGCCUGCUCACACUCUAGGACUUAAGUUUGCAAUGAGAGAAAAUGAUGGCCUUGUACUGUACUGUGCUGGGAGAGGGGUGGGGAAGUUGGUAGCUUUCAUUCUUAUUUGAAAAUAUGUUGUCACCAGGAAAAAGAUCCUUAGAAUCACCGUCCAUAUUUUUAUCAGAGCAAGGGCAAUUUAAUAUCCUAGGAUGUGGUAGUCUCCUUCAGUAGGGGCUCUGGGCACUGUACCUGUGCCCGGCCACUCCUGGAGAAGCCUCUUGGUCCCCCAGAGAAAGAUCCUUUAUUUCAGAGGUCAGUUCCCCAAAGCCCAGUUCUUCUACCUGAUAAUCAAAUAAACAGGAUAUUGGAUUUAGAAGGAGCCUCGCUGUGCAAAUACAUUAAUGACUGUCCACUAGGUCAGACAUUUUCUAGGAUUUUUCUCCCUCAAUUUUUACAAGCUUUAGUAUACAAAUAACUAGGAAGGGAAAAGACAAUAAGGCAAACAGGACCAGGAAAGCAAAAGCCUUCCCAGAACUCCUCAGCUGACUUCUUUGUAAACUGUGUCACAUCCUUCCACACUCACCCCAAGCGAUUCUGGGAAGCAGAGCAUCUUCAGCUGGGUACAGUGACACCUUCAGCAAAAUCAGGGUUGUGUUAGGAAGAAGCGCUGAAUAUAGGAUCAUCUACUGAGAACAUCCACAGUAGUAGCAGGAGCAGAAUUCACAUGCAAAUCUGUCUCCUUCCAAAGCCCAUGUUCCUUUCACCCCAGUCAGCCAGCUUCCUCACAUAAAUGACUCCAGCAAUUUGACCCCUCUCAUGACUCUAGGAAUAAACCCAAAAUCUAAUCUGCAUUUUACAAAUGAGGAAAUGGAAUCUCAGAAAAGUCGCCCACUGGGUAAUGGACAGAUACGCUACUGGAGCCUGCUCUCCUUAUCCCCAAACUAGGACAUUUUCUUAUAUACCAGUAGUGCGUAGGCCCAGCUGUCUAUGCAAUUCUGAGAAGCAUAGACUGAAAAGUCAGGCUUCUGGGUGUCAUCAAGAUUUCCUGGGUGGAGCACAGAAAUUUGUAUUUUUUCCUGCAGUCUCCAAGUGAUUCUGAUGUGGCUGACCGCGCCCUGAUCCACUCGGUCCCUUUUACAGAAGUAUCUAAGCGCUUCUUUAGUAAAUGUUUCUAAUGUGUGGAGAAAGGAAUAAUAGCUGUUGCCAGGCACAAUGGUGCAUACCUGUAAUCCCAGCUACUCAGGAGGUUGAGGCAGGAGGGUCAC